AUGACUACUAACACUGCUCAAGCGUCACCUUCUCCCACACGUCUCCAGCGAAUAUCCCGUAUUUUGGGCUUCACCAAAGGUUACAACUUCGUCCUUUGGCUCCUCUUCGGCGGAGCUUUCCUAGCAUUUACACUCUCUCGUUUUAUAUAUCUCGACUUUGAUGGCCAUUUGUGUCCUAGUGAACCACCCACCGGCCGGAUAUACGGCUCAAGGGGAGCAGUCCCUGGCGAGUGCUACUAUUACCGACAUGGGAUCGGCAAGGCGGGUAUCAUCAUGCACCUAGCUGGAAUCCUUCCCGCCGCUGUAUUAGUCGUCCUCCAGUUCAUCCCUGCUAUCCGUCAUCAAGCUCUCCUAGUCCAUCGGAUCAACGGCUAUGUAGUUCUUCUUCUCUCGGUUGUCGGCAUCAUCGGGGUAUUUAUGAUUGCACGGUAUGCCUUCGGAGGAACUUUGGAGAUGCAGACUGUUACUGGUUUUGCGAGCAUCAUUUUUGUUGCGUGCAUGGUCUUGGCAUAUAUCAACAUCAAGAGACUCCAGCUGGAGCAGCACCGCGCAUGGAUGUUGCGAGGUUGGAUAAUUGCCGGUCACAUUAUCACCAUGAGAGCCAUUUCAGCUAUAAUGGCACAAAUCACAAGUCAUGCAAACCCUUAUUCUACUGUGACGCCUUGCGCUGUCCUUGAUUCCAUGUUCUACCACAACAAGCCCGCUGUCGAGGCCUUAUACCCAGGCUGUGUGGGUUUCUACACGGGCGAAACCCCAGACCAGCGGGUCAUAACCGAAGGGAUCCCUGGCGAACGACCGGACGCGAUCGCUGCAAGACUAAACAGCGCUUUUGGAGCUAGUGCCUGGCUUGCUCUUCUCGUCCAUGUUAUAGCCGCCGAGAUGUAUCUGCGACUUACCCCUGCUGAAGCUGAGAGGCUACGCAAGGUUUCCUACAGGAGGCAAAUGGAGGCGGACUUAUCACUUCAGCUCCAUAUGAACCGCCCGGGUCUCUACUUUGGGACAUUCCAAACAGAACCAAGAUAA